AUGAAUGAUGAAGAGUUAGCAAGAGGUAUUAAAGAUUCAAUAAUUGAUGAAGAGGAGCCUAUUAGGUUACUACAGCCUACGACCAAUAGUCAGAUCCCAAUUCGAGCAGAAAAAACAAGUAGUAUUCAUGAUCAAUCACUUUCCACUGACACAGAGGAUGAGUAUUUCAAGAGUGACGAAGACAAGGAGGAUGAAGGUCUCAUAAAUGAAGAUUCAGUGACAUCGCAUCUACCUGGGAUAUCCAAUCUUGGUGAUUAUGCAAAAUAUUUCACGAAUUCAAUUUUACAAUCUUUGGACUCCACAGAUUUGGAUAAUCCAUUGGUCAUUGAAGCACAAAUCAGUGGGAGUUUAAACAACGAAAAUCAAAAAUCAAUGGAGAAAAAAUCACAAUUGCAAGAAAAGUUACGUGUGUUACAUGGAUUAUUUGAGAAGAAUUUCACGGCUAUUGGCGAUGCCAAAGGAAGCAGAAUGGAUCAAUUGAAUCAUGACAUCCAAAGCUUGGAGAGGAGAAUAAAUCGUUUGAAACAUGGGGAAGCUCGAUCACUUGGUAUUCCAUUCAUUAAACUGAAGAACAAAGCUGGUGUGAUUGACAAAUUCCCUAUAGAAUAUUAUCAAGCAAAAGACAAAGUUCUUGAUCGAGAAUCUUGA